AUGCUGAACGACAUGUGCUCUCAUCGCCUUCCGAUUUACGCUAAUCGCAGACGAGACUAUUCAUCCUCGUCCCCCGCGGGAGUGGUGAUCCACGGCUCAGGUUGCGCCACGUGUCUGCGCGGGCAGCGCUGCUCCUUCCGCGUGUCCGUGCGCGCGCCCGCGCGAUGGGCGCACGUGCUGGAGGCGGACAAGGAGAGCUGGUGGAAGCGCGACUUAGCUCUGACUCUAAGAGGCAUCGCGCUAGCUCACGGGGACAUUAGGUGUCUAGACCCUCCGCACUGCACGGAGUUUAGAGUGUCGUACCGCGUCUGGGACCUCGGCAAUUACUGGGCGACGCUGCACGUGGGGUGCGCCAAUCUCAACUUCUCCGCCUCCUUUGCGCACCACUUCAAUCGCACGCACCAGCACAGCCUCGCCUCCUGGCCCAUCACAAUCACGCCUCGUGCCGAGGCACUGGCCAGAAUUAGCACCCUUGGCAUUAGCAACGGCGUUGGCAGCAGCAGCAGCAGCAGCAGCAGGGGACAGCAGCAGACUCACCAGCGGUUCCUGGCGGCACAUCUGUACUACUUGCUCACGGCCCAGGCGGACCCGAAUGUGCGGCGGUGGAAGGACAACCUGGUGUUUGAUGCGAGAGACAGCAGCAACCGCACGCUGAGGAUUAACUUCUAUUGGAUCGAUGGUAUCUAUAAGAACGGGGAGUUCGGCUGCACCCACCGAGGGGUCACAACCAACCGGUCGGAGGAAUUCCCGGAAAUUUCCCCCACGGCUGACGUCACGCUCUUUGAGGGAGGCUACUGGGCAGCUUCCUUCUGCCGCCAGCCCCUCAAGGCCCUCCGACUGCACCUCGAGGAGUUCGCUCGUUGGGCGCUUGCCGCCGCGCCCUCUAAAGGCAGGGUUAUUUUCCGAACUAUCCCGUCGUUUCCGGUGGCGGGGGACCGGUGUAAUGCGUGGUACCCCGGGCCGAGUUCGAACAGGGUGGUUAUGGCGAUUAAUGUGCUGCUGAAAAGGAUAGUGCAGGGGGGAGGAGUGGAGGGGGAACGGAGAGGAGUGGGGGAGGAGGGGAAUGUUGCUGAAGGAUUGAAGGCAUGGUGGGGAGAGGAGAUACGAGGGAGGGAUGUUGGUGGGGAAGGAAGGAGAAGUGGAGGAGGGAUAGAGAAGCUUGUGUAUCUUGAUUCGAGCUUGCAGGUGUUACCGCAGGACUCUGAGGAGGGAGAGGGCACAGGGAGAGCAGGAGAUGAGAGCAAUGCAGCAGCGGAGAGCAAUGGAGCAGCGGAGAGUAAUGGGGCGGCUGAGAAGCAUGGGGGAGUGGAUAUAGAAGAGGCGGAUGAGAUUGCUGCAGCUGCUGGUGCUGCUGGCGGUGUUGGGGGUGGUAGUGGUGAUGGUGGUGACAGCGGUGAGAGCAGCAGCAAAUCGUCACCAUCAUCCUCAGCAUUAUCGACAACAUCAUCAUCACCACCACCACCACCACCAGCAGCAGCAGCAGCAGCAGCAGCAGCAGCAGCAGCAGAAGCACAAUCUGCUGAGCUGGCAGCGUUACCAGCAGGGGCAGCAACAGUGCUGGACACGUGGCAGGUGGACGCCCCUCGGUAUGCCGACACAGCCGUGCCCAACGACCACCAUUACUCCAUGGUGAAACCCACAAAGGCAGGCACUGUGAUGGUGGGGGAGGUGGGGGAAGCACAGAUACGCGCAUUCAUUCACUACCUGCUGCACCUGCUGCCCCCAGUUCAUGCUAGUGCGCGCUAG